GUUGACAAGUUUGUUAAAACGGACGGUUUUGCGUGGCGCGUGGGGGUGGGACGGUCCGAGUUCAGUAGUACGCGUCCAGCAAAGUACAAGGUUUCUCAACGUAGUGCCGCCUGAGGUGAAAAAAGAGGGCGAGCGCCAUGACCGGGCUUGUUCAGACAUUGACGGCCUUCCGUCUCGACCUGGGGCCUCUGAAGGAGCCCUUGGGGUUCAUCAGAGUUCUGGAAUGGGUUUUCUCCAUAUUUGCAUUUGCUACCACAUGUGGGUAUUCGGGAUACACCAGCAUCCAUGUGACAUGUGUCGGUAUGCAGGAAACGGAAAUCCGUCCAAAAUUUCAGUAUCCUUUCAGGCUUGCAAGUUUUCCAUUUGAGUUUCCCACCUGCAACCAAACCAACCCCUUCCACUCCCUGAUCCUCUCUGGUGACUUCUCUUCCUCUGCUGAGUUUUUUGUCUGCAUCGGGGUGUUUGGCUUUCUGUACUGCACAGUUACUCUGGUUCUCUACUUGGGUUACCAGCAUCUGUACCGUGAGACCACUCGAGGUCCUGUUGUUGAUCUGUUUCUGACAGGAGCCUUUGCGUUCCUGUGGCUAGUUUCCUCCUCUGCGUGGGGUAAGGCCUUGACUGACAUCAAGUUCGCCACUGACUCCCUCCACUUGGUGACGAUCCUUGAUACCUGCAAAAAAAUCCCAAAUGUCUGUACAGCAGGACAAGGACCUGCAAUGGGUCGUCUCAAUGCAUCUGUGAUUUUUGGAUUCCUCAAUCUCAUUUUAUGGGGAGGAAACUGUUGGUUUAUUUACAAGGAGACACCCUUCCACAAGCCAUCAAACCCCCCAGUUACUGUGGAGGAAGGCACAGGACAUUCUUAAUGUGGAACCCCCUGCUCCCAUGCUCAGGCCUAACACAACCCAGAGGGAAGGCCAGAUCUGGAUUCCUUAAGUCUGUGCCAAUAAUGAAAUUUAAAAUAAAAAGGCGCUUUAACACUAUUCCAGUGUUGGUCCAGUUUCACAUGCGGGUGUCUGGCUCCAUGGGGCAAAAACUAGCAUGAGCAGAAUUUGCAAACUGCCAGCACUCAUGCCUGUUUGCUGUAGCUGGAGCCUACCCAUACAGGGGAAACUGCACCACCACUGAGCCCCCUGCUGUCUGAUUUUAUUCUUUUUUUUUUUUUUUUUUUCUUGCUUGUUGCAGUUCUGCCUUUCAGGACCAAAACCAUUUAAAUAUUUUUAUUUCAGGAAACCCCAAACUUCAUAACUAAUUCCAUUUUUUUAAUCAUUUAAUCUAUAUCCCUCUUACUAGAUUCAUUGAAAUGAACCAUUGUUUCAGAUGUUCAGGCUGUGAAUCAGUCCAAAAGUUAUUAUUUUCAGUAUGUGUUUAUUGAUCUCCUGAUGGCAUGUAUUGUGCACUUAGAAAAGGAUCCCUUAUGUCAGUGAUCAGAGGUCAUUUGCCAUGCCUUCACUGGACUCUCCUGCUGACUAGAUGCUAGCAUGAUAUUUUCUUAAGGAAAGUAUGUGCAGACAUUCUGGAUCCUAACAACCUGUAUUAACACUAGCAAAAUUCUUAAUUUCUUUAUUAAAAAUGCUGUUUAUACUUUUAAGUGUAACACAAGUACAACUUGGAGCCCUUGUUUUGACAUUUUUUACUUUUAUAAUUAAGUAUUUUUGUUUCUGUAAUUUAUUGUGCAGUAAAUGGUGUCAGAAGGUUAGUUACUACAAGUUGGACAAGCACCAUGAACUAAGCAGAAUGGUAAAAUGUAAAAGUCUGCUGUAAUCACUUGUGAAAAUAUCUGGUUAGUGUUUUUUGUUUUUCUGCAUGGGGUUUCAUUGGUUGUCUGAGUUUGUUACUGUAAGGUUGGUGAACUGGGUUUGUAUUCCUGGUCUGUUGUGGUUAAAUCCAUAGCACUGCUUCUUGUAAUAAGUGCACCAGGCACAGUAUUGGUGAGGUCUGUCCUGUCUGGUGGAUUGUGUGCCUGUUGCUCUGCAACACCUGGGUUUCAUGGGGGAUUCAGGAUUUAUUAUUAAUAUCUAAAUGAGCAUGUAAAAGCAGAUUCUGAUUAGAAAGGCACUAUAGAAGUUGGUUGAGGUCAGAGUUCACUUGGUGUUAUGUGUUUUUCAAAUGAGAUGGUGCUUUCUGAAUGUACUUUUCUCUACCGUGCUGAGCACCUUUCUGCUAGGUGUUAAU